AGUAGCAGUCAAGUGAGCUGGUGGAGUGAAAAGUGGUUGUUUAUUUUGAUUUCGGAUUUUGAGUUGAAAUCGAGAAGCGAAGAGUGUUUGAUUGGGACUGUUUACCGACAGACGGAAGUUGAGUGGCAAAAGGUGAUAAGGGACAAUUGGAAGAACUGUUGAGCAAGUGUUUGCAUUCGAAGAACAAUCAAGUUGGAGCGAAUAAACGAUUUCGACGCCGGAAUGGCAGUGGCGAGCUUGAACAUGUCGCCGAUCUUCUCCGGAUACCCGUUUCAAGGCCAGGGUCGUGUGAACCAGCUCGGAGGAGUGUUCAUCAACGGGCGCCCCCUGCCCAAUCACAUUCGGUUGAAGAUCGUCGAACUGGCGGCGGCUGGCGUCAGGCCGUGCGUGAUUUCCCGGCAACUGAGGGUUUCGCACGGAUGCGUGUCGAAGAUCCUGAAUCGCUACCAGGAGACGGGAUCGAUCCGGCCGGGCGUCAUCGGAGGAUCGAAGCCCCGGGUUUCGACGCCGGAGAUCGAAACCAAGAUCGAGGAGAUGCGCAAGGCUAAUCCGGGGAUUUUCAGCUGGGAGAUUCGCGAUAAGCUGAUCAAAGAGGGCAUAUGCGAUAAGAACUCCGCCCCGUCAGUGAGCUCGAUCAGUCGGUUGCUGCGCGGUGGACGUCCGGACGAUGAUCGACGUGGAAAUCACUCCAUCAAUGGGAUCCUGGGCGGAUCUUCCUGUGAUGACGAUAGCGAUACGGAGUCUGAACCGGGGAUCGAGUUGAAGCGAAAACAGCGACGGUGCAGAACUACCUUCAACGGUGAACAACUGGAAGCCUUGGAGGUUGCGUUCGCACGGACUCAGUACCCGGAUGUCUACACCCGGGAAGAACUGGCCCAGAAGACCAGACUUACGGAAGCUCGCGUUCAGGUUUGGUUCUCGAACCGUCGAGCUCGUCUGCGCAAGCACAUGAACUCCCAACAGCUGGCGGCAUUCAACUCCCAGUAUCCUGCUCAGUAUGAACAUCAAGCUGCUGCUUCCGCAGCUGCUGCAGCAGCCGCUGCCUCUGCCACAUCCAGUUCCGCCGGCUUCCCAUCGGGCAUGCAAUCCUGGAGCCAAGCCUGCUACCCACCAGCCAACCAAACCUCCAUCCACGCCGCAUCCCAAACGGCCUACAACCCAUUGGCCCAAACCAUGAUCCACCCAACCUCGGCUACCAUGAGCCCACCAGCUUCCCUCAGCCCCCCAACCUCAAUCAGCCCUACCCACAACCAAAUCACUCCCGCCACCAACGGCAUCUCCUCAUCCUCCCCCGCAUCCCAACAAACGUCCUCGUCCAACUACAACUACUUUCCCAUGCUGGACAAUUCUCAGUCUUACACCUCAGCCGGAUCCUACCCCACCACCAACACCACCACCAACUCAUCCACCGCGAUCGACAACUCCGCAUCGCAAUGGCGCUCAUCACACUCAACCCACAACAAAGCCACCACCGAAUGGGACGCCUAUAGCUCAUUCUUCUCGAACAACAUGAACCACCAUCACCACCCGCAUCACCCGCACCAUCCGUACUCGGCGGCCGCGGCAGCCGCCGCCGAAGCAAAGUCCGGCUAUCCCUACUUUGGCCAGCUCGGGGGACUGGACAUGAGUCGGAUGCACUGAGAGA